AUGUAUGUUCCCACAUGUCAUUUGCCCGUGGGUUUCAAGACCCCAAAGUUCGAAAAGUAUGACGGGCACGGGGAUCCCAUAGCUCACCUCAAGAGGUACUGCAAUCAACUGAGAGGAGCUAGUGGAAAAGAGGAGCUUCUCAUGGCUUAUUUUGGAGAGAGUCUAGUGGGAAUUGCAUCCGAGUGGUACAUGGAUGAGGAUAUAUCCCGUUGGCACAUUUGGGAUAAUCUAGCUCGGGAUUUCGUCAGGCAGUUUCAGUAUAACAUAGACAUAGCUCCCGACAGGAAUUCUCUAUCUAAUCUCAAGAAGAAGUCAUCGAAAAGUUUCCGGGAAUACGCUGUUAAAUGGCGCGAACAAGCGGCCAGGGUCAAGCCCCCGAUGGAUGAAAAAGAAAUGGUGAGUGUUUUUCUACAAGCCCAAGAGGCUGACUACUUUCAGAAUAUGAUGUCGGCAAUGGGGAAACUAUUUGCUGAGGCCAUCAAGAUUGGUGAGAUGGUAGAGAACGGUCUAAAAAUAGGGCGCAUAUUGAGUCAAUCUACCAUAAGAGCUACGUCCCAAGCAAUUCAAAGCGGGUCCGGAGGUGUAGCAAACAGAAAGAAAAAGGAAGAAGCGGCAAUGGCGGCUUCAGUGAUGAAUGCCCAGCCAUACGCUCGGCCACAACAACAGUUUAACCAAAAUAGAGCUCCACCUCCUAGAAAUAACCCUCCCCACCAAGCUCAGUAUAAUCCCCGACCUCCACAAAAUAAUUUCCCUUACAAUGCCCGUGCUCGGGAGCCACCCAGGAGAACAAAUUUCACGGCUAUUGGUGAGUCAUACUCUAGCCUUUUCCCUAAACUUGUCCAAAUGGGUUUGUUGCAACCCGUACCCCAAACCAGGAAAAACCCAGAGUCGCCCUCUUAUCAACCCGGUGCUCGAUGUGCCUAUCAUUCGGGAGCGGAAGGGCAUGACACUGAAGACUGUUGGACCCUAAAAAGGGCGGUUGAGAAUCUCAUAGAGCAAAAACGGAUAGUGCUGAAGGAUGAAGAAAUUCCUAAUGUGACCAACAACCCAUUACCGGCCCACAACAAUGGACCUAAACCAAAGGCUGCUGCAAAGCAAGAUAAGGGGAAGAAGAAGAAUGAGCCCACCCCUCAAAGUGCAGAAAAGGAAGUAGAAACCAAAACUGGGGCAGUACCCCCAAAAGAUGCCAUUCUUCAUGUUCCCCGGGGUCACACGAAAGAACAAACAACAUUGAGCCCUCCAAAAAGGUUCGAGCUAAACAGGGGACCUAAAAUGUACGUGCCUAAAGGGACAUAUGUGGUGCGGGGGCCAAUAAUUUCACCAUGGCUGAAUGAGCCCGUGGUUAUUGGCUGCGCACCGCAGAGGCCCAUGACAGACCCCACUGACGUCCCAUGGAAUUACAACAGAGCGGUAGUGACAUACAAGGGAAAAGAGGUCCUAGAGGAAGCAAAUGAAACUAACCCAGCUGAGAAGUACCUUAAUUUGGAGGAUUUGAACAAGGCCAAGAAGAAGCGCUUCCCACCCAAGAAGCCUGUUAGUGCCGAGGAGGCCGAAGAAUUCUUCCGUAAAAUGAAAACUGCGGACUACGAGGUUAUAGACCAACUCUGA